GGCAAUAAUAGUGACAAUUAUAGUAGCUCAGAUGAAAGAAGUGAAUAUGAUAGCGAUGGCAAAAAUAAUGAUAGUGAAAACGAGAAUGAGCAUGAAAAUGAAAAUUAUAAUAUUCGGGAAGAGGAUGAAGAUAAUUGGAAUGAAGACAAGUUAGAUGAGCAAUUUAAUUCGAAUAACCAAGAAAGUGACGAGAAUUCGAAUAAUCAAGAAAGCGACGAAGAUUCAUAUUAUGAUGAUAAAAUUUCUGAAUAC